UGACCAAAUAGUUGACAAGAAUGCUGAAAUUUUGUAAACAAAUCAACUCUUAGAACUCAAAAUGUCUUUUCGCGAUUUAAGAAAUUUUACAGAAAUGAUGAGAGCCUUGGGUUACCAUCGGUUGAUAUCCAUGGAAAAUUUCAGAACACCUAAUUUUCCUCUGGUAGCAGAAGUUCUUACAUGGCUGGUGAAAAGGUUUGAACCAAAUGCUGACGUCCACCCUGAUAUAGAUACAGAACAAGACAGAGUUAUUUUUAUUAAAACAGUGGCUGAAUUCAUGGCAACUAAAGCUCAUAUUAAGCUGAAUACGAAGAAGUUAUACCAAUCAGAUGGAUAUGCAGUAAAAGAAUUAUUAAAAGUUACUAGUGUAUUAUAUAGUGCUGUUAAAACUAAUGUAGAAAAAGCUCUGGAAGAUGCUGACGAUGAUACAUCUAAUGUUUCUUUUGAUGUCUCUUCUAGGAUAAAUGAUUUAAAAGAAGCCCGAAUGUUGGCGUCCUCUAUAACAACUAAAGGAGCAGCUUUAUAUGAUUUAUUAGGCAAGGAGGUCGACCUCAGGGAAAUGAGAGUAAAUGUUGUAGCCAGGCCAUUAGAGAUCAAUGAAGUAGAAAGUGGAUUAAAAGGUUCUAUAAAGGCAGUAGAGGCUGAUAUCAAGAAAACACUGACUAUGUUAGAUAAUGUAGCAUCAGAUGAGGCGAAUUUAGAAGCUAAAAUAGAAAAACGUAAAAAUGAAAUGGAGAGAAACCAGAAGAGAUUGAUGACUUUACAGAGUGUCAGACCAGCCUAUAUGGAUGAGUAUGAAAGGUUUGAAGAAGAUUUACAGAAGUUAUAUUCUCAAUAUUUAAUUAAGUUCCGUAAUUUAACCUAUCUUGAACAACAGUUGGAGGAACAACAGAAGGCUGAACAAGAUAAACUAGAGGAAACUGAUGCUGCCCUGAAAGUAAUGGCUGAAAGAUUAAAGAAUGAAGAGAGAAAACAACAUCAGAUCACCCCAGAUGAUGAUGACGAUGAUGAUGAUGAUAAAAAUGUUUUUGGACCUGACGAUGAUGACAGCGGAGAAGAUGAGGCUGUAGGUAGACGAGAACGUCCAGUGAAUCACAGAGUAAGACCUGAAGCUGCCGGUGGACAGAGAGGAAUGACUGGAGGUCGUGUUGCUGGCUCUAUGAACCCUGAUCUCAGUGAGGAUUCUGAUGGUUCUGAUGGAUCGGACAUUGAUCUAGAUGAUGAUGAUGUUGAUGACGAUGAUGAUGAUGAUGAUGACGAUGAUGAAAUGUUGAAUAUGAACCAAGUACAGAGAGGUCGCGGUCCCCCACCUAGAAAUACUGACUUAGGAGACAGUGAUAAUGAUUUUUGAUAUGUACAUGUUUAAAAAGGAGGGUGGGGUCAGGCAUUCUUGGUUGAUUUAAUUCAGGACAUGAAACUAAAAUAGAAAACAUUUAAUCCUUGUAAGAUAUUUAGAAGUAUCACAGCACAUUAAGAAAUAACAGUUUUAUGGAUAUCAUCUUCUCUUUAUUAUUUGAACAUUAUUUUACCAAUCAUGUGGCUGCCCUCUCCUUAAUUAUCCCAUCGCUGGAAGGGGAAGCCGCGUGAUUGGUUAAAACAGAGGUCAAGCAAAGGUUAACAGAAUGAAAAACUGUAUCUAACUUUACAUUCCACCAUAUUUCAUAAAGAAUCAAAAUCACAUAUCAAAGUCUAGAUUUCAAAAAGCCUACUUAUGGCACCCUCAAACUGGAAUGAACUCUUCUGCUCAUGCAUACUUUCCAUCAAUAUUAUAUCAUGUAAGCCUGAUUGGAAGAGUUUAUUUGUCAAAUUAGGGGUUGUGUUUGAAAUAGAAGAAAUCCAAGCCAAUUUAUUUAUUUCUAUUUUUAUGUCUGAUUUAUGUUUAUUAUUGUAUAUCUGUGAUAGUCAUUAAAAAUAUUCACAU